AUGAUGACACUCAAUCGGCAUCUGCUGCUUAUUUCUAACUCGACGCUUCAUGGCGGGGGAUAUCUGGAACACUGCCAAGAGCAUAUACAAAAGUUUUUAGGGGGACAAGUGAAACGUGUCCUGUUUGUGCCUUAUGCGCUUCAUGACAGAGAUGACUAUGCCAGGACCGCCAGGCAGAAAUUUGAGAGCCUAGGUUAUGGCCUAGACAGCAUACAUGAGGCAGUGGAUCCUGUAGAGGCGGUGCAGAAAUCAGAAGCUAUAUUUAUUGGUGGUGGGAACACUUUCCGACUUUUGAAAGCUUUGUAUGAUAAUGGUUUGAUACCAGCCAUCAGGAAAAGAGUAAUUGAGGAUGGGAUCCCUUAUAUAGGUUCAAGUGCUGGUACUAAUGUGGCUACUGUUAGCAUCAACACAACCAAUGAUAUGCCAAUUGUGUACCCACCAUCUCUACUGGCUCUUGGAUUAGUACCAUUCAACAUCAACCCUCACUACCUAGAUCUAGAUGUCAACAGCAGACACAUGGGGGAGACACGAGAGCAACGGAUAUCUCAGUACCACGAAGAACCAGACACUCCUCCUGUCCUUGGUCUUCGAGAGGGUUGUAUGCUUCUAGUUGAAGGGAAUAAAGCAACACUUCUUGGCAUAACCAAAGCCCGACUGUUUGUAAGAGGCAAAGACCCUACAGAACAUGAGCCAGAACAAGACUUCAGCUUCCUCUUGGAUCAGUGA